GAGCAUGCUGUACAUGUGACACGUAUCCAUCCAUAACUUGCUGAGGUGUUGGUUGUAUUUGUAUGCUGAGGUGUUGGUUGUCUUGGAUGCUGAGGGGUUUGCAUUUCAAUUCAUGCUGUACAAUUAUUGGAAAUCAAAUUCUUGGAAAUCUAAGACAGACAGGCAGAUUAUCCAGCAGAAAGAAGCUGGCGUUUUUGGUUUGAAACUAAUUAAGGUAGCCAAUGCAAAUUGAUUCCUACUCCACUCGGGAAGUCGGGUGGAUCCAUGCACACGGCCGCGGCGGGAUCGGCUGCCGCGCGAUCCAGUCCAGCCGGCCAUCCCACAACCGACAGCUGCAUCUCGUUCCUUGGCCAUUCCAUUCCAUUCCAUUCCUUGAUCGGUCAUCUUCAUCCUCGCCGACAGCUGCAUCUCGUUCCUUGGCCAUGCCGCUGUCCGCCUGCCAGUCCUGCGCCACGCACGACGCCAUCGUCUUCUGCCUGCUCUGCGGCGCCAGGCUUUGCCUGCCCUGCGACGCCGCCCUGCACGCCGCCGCGGGGCUCCACCCGCGCGCCCGCCUCUGCGACAAAUGUAACCUCGCGCCGGCCGCGCUGCGCUGCGACGACGUCACGCUCUGCGCCGGGUGCGCCGGUCACGGCCCUCCGGCCAGCGCCCUCGUCGCCCAGUACACCGGCUGCCCCGCGCCUAAAGAUUUGGUGCGCAUCAUCUCCACCGAGACGCCGCCGCAGCAGGAUGCGUUGGAGGUCUGGAUCGCCGAUAAGCUUUUGGAGGAUGAUGCCGGGCAGCUGAUGGAAGCAGGAUGGGAUGUCGCCGAGGAAACUGCCAAGCUUGAGAAGAUGCUGAGUGACCUCUCCUCAUCAUCAGCGCUGGUGGCCCCCUCGCAAUCUUGUCUUAUACGAACGGAUGACAAGAAACGGCAGGAGAGGGAGAGAGCCAAGCUCCGAUACGCCGAGAAGAAGAAGAAGAACAGAAGAUUCUGCAAGCAGAUCAUGUAUGCUUCCCGCAAGGCCAGAGCCGACACAAGGAAGAGAGUCAAAGGCCGAUUUGCAAAGGCUUCUACUACUUCUCAAGAUCCCCAUAGUUAUAAUCCCGUCCAUGACGAUCCAUCUAAUACAGACAAGGGAGAGACAAGAAGUUGAUGCACACAUCCGCCGGCCUUCAUAAACAGAGAGACAGGAAAAGAAAAAAAAACAAACAAGAACACAUCAAAGCUCAACCCUCCAUAUAUAGCUGUGGCUGCAACUUUCAACUUGUGAUUGUCACUGCUUCAUCUUAUCUUGCUUUUAGGUUAUUUGUCUCUUACUUAACCUGCUGAUCGAUCUGACAAUUUUGCUUUGUGUUGUCAUGCAUCUUGCAGACUUGCAGUGCUACGGUUUGCCCAUUAAGGCAGAAAGAAAAAUGGUGAACAGGAUGAGUGAGCUACGGUUUGCCCAUUAAGGCAGAAACAAAAAUUACCUACCUAGUUCCUCUUAGGCAUUGUUUUCUAGAAAAACAAUAUUAUUAUAUUAGAAUGGGAGGACACCCGAAUUCAUGUUCCGUCGUCUGUAUAACAAAAGCCAAGGUCCUUGCCUGUAAAUAAUAUUUGCAGGUUUUAGACCAAUGAUGAUUAGUUUCUUCUGCUAGUUUAAUUUGGAACUCCUGUUCCUUGUUUGAACUUGUAAAAAACAUACAGAAAUGACCACCCUUCAUUCACAAGUUGAAAAGGUCACGGAUGAAAUAUUUAAAUGCAUUGCCAGUUUCAUUUUCCACUAUCCCAGAAACCCAAAUGGAUGACCAGGCAUCAUCGUCUGGAUAUUGGUAAUGAUACUGUUACAUAUCUCCUUAUUAAUGAAUGCUCG